AUCCAUCUAUGGAGGCACUUCCCGGUUCCUCCCUCACUUCUCCUUCCCCUUUUACUACCACGCCAUUUGCUCCUUCAAAACGUCAACGUCGCCGUCGCCGUCGAAAUCUUCCUUUCUCCGUCGAAGCAGAGCAACAAGAAAUUCGGGUAUGCACGAAUCGGACUUGCCGCAAACAGGGCUCAUUUCAAACCCUAGAAACCCUUUCCGGUCUUGCUCCUCCUAACGUCGCUGUAAAACCAUGCGGGUGUUUGGGAAAGUGCGGUGCUGGUCCCAACCUUGCGGUCCUGCCGGACGGUCUUAUCGUUGGUCAUUGCGGAACGGCGGCUCGAGCGGCUGAGGUCAUGAUGGGUGUGGUUUCUAUGGAAGAAGGUUCGGAUUCAUAUGAUGCAAAAAAGAGUUUAGAUGCGCUUGCCCUGAGGAAGAGAGCUGAAAUUGAGUUCGAGAAGCAGAAUUUCACUGAGGCUGAACUUCUGCUCUCACAGGCUAUCGAAUUAAAACCAUUCGGUGGUAUACACGUAAUAUAUAAAUGUAGGUCAGCUGUAAGGUUGGCAUUGAGUAACUAUUCUGGAGCUCUAGAUGACGCAAGGGAGGCUUUGGAAUUAGCGCCUGAGUAUGCUGAGGCUUAUCUCUGCCAAGGUGAUGCACUUUUGGAAUUGAAGCAAUUUGAUACAGCAGAAAAGUCAUAUUUGGCAUCUAUAGAUAUAGAUCCUUCAAUCCGAAGAUCUAAAUCAUUCAAGGCGCGGAUCGCAAAACUUGAGGAAAAAGUUGCUGCUGCUAAUAAGUUAUGAGACGUACCUUCUGAACAAAGGUGCAAUCUAAUCGCACUGAUUUCAGGGUGAUUUGAUUACUAUUUUCCAGGUAUAAUGGGUCACUUGCGCCAGAUUUAGGUCUCCUUUACUUUCUCAUGCUUUGCGAUGCAUUCUGAAGUACCUCCAAGAAAAUUCCAUAUAUUUUCUCCAGCUUAGUUCUUCCAAAGCAAUAUCUAGCUUUACUAUUACUUUAACCAAAGAAAAAUCCAGAUAUUGGUAGAUGGAUAAAAUGUCCCCCCCCCCCCUCCCAAAAAAAAAAAAAAAUUGGACCUAUCUUACUGGCAUCCGCAGGCCUUCAAGUAACAGACUUAUCAAAUAGUGAAAUGAUUAAGUGUUGCAAUGACUUAAGAUGCUUCUUUCAAUGAACUAUUUGAUCACACAAGACCCAUUCUCUUGGCAAGAUUUUGGGGUUUAACCUGAUGUUUGAGAGCGACCUGUCAAUAUAUUCCACAUUACAGGGGAGAGAGUUUGUUUCCCAAAUUUGUAUAUCUGUACUGUACUGAACUUUUCCUGGUCCCGUAGAACUGAUGAAAGAAUAUGAAAUUUAUUCAAAUUUACCAAUUCAAUGUCACUUUUUAAUUGAAUAUCAGUGAUGGAAUUUAAUUGGGCUGAAAUGGAAUAAUUUCUGCCCUGAAUCAAA